GCUGUCGCGUCUGAAGCGUAGAAAAAAUGUUUUGGUAGACUAUUUGGUGGGGAUGGUGUCGACUUUGUUCUGAUUGAAGAAUCUUUGAAAAAGUGAUUAUAUUCAAGCCAUACAAUGAAUCAUCAAGACCGAAUUGCUAUCAACUGUAGUUUGGAAAUGCUGAUAGCAACAACAAAGUAUCCUGCUAUGCGCUAUGAAUGUAUAAAAGAACGGUUGCUCUCGCCCAACAUGAUUGAGCGAAUAGAGCAAUUGGCACUAGACGAGACAAACAGGCACCGAAAGCUGUUUGAAAAAAUUACUAAACGCGGACCAAAAGCCUUCACGAUUUUACUCGACAUUUGCCAACGCAAUUUUCCUUCCGCAUAUGCCUUGCUGAACCCUGCAUCAAAUAACAACCAGAUGCACUCAACGCACAACCCAAAGCGCCAGAGAUCCAUCAGUUUCAAUGUGCUGCCCAGAUCAAAUACUCAACGCAGUCAGGGUGAUGUGGAAGACGGAAAGAAUAACCACAUUAUGUCCAGCACGCUAUCAGAAGAAAGCAAGUGCUGCUUGGAGGUGUAUCCUGACACGCUGCCACACACUUUCACAGUAACGCUCACCAGCAACCUAUCAUCGAUAAAUACAACUUUUGAUGUACAACGCGGGCAAAAUGCAAAGGUGCCAUCGUAUUCAAUGAAAAGCAGAAAUAGGGGUGUUGCAUUCAUCGUAAACGUGAUUGAUUUCGUUAAAAAUGUACACGCUAAGCGCAACGGUGCUGACAUUGAUGGGCGCAACUUGAUUUCAUUAUUUCAGCAGCUGGGAUUCGUCGUUUUCUAUUACGAAAACAUUACAAAAGCCGACUUAGACGAUCUUUUAGUUCAACUAAAGGAAUCGGAGUAUUUAUCUUGUGAUUGCUUUGCUUUUUACAUUCUGUCUCAUGGUGAUCAUAAAAAAGGCAGUGACUAUAUUGUCCUACAUGAUAAUUCCAUACUACUAGUGGAAAAUUUAUUAACCGAAUUCAAUACCGUCAAUUGUACGAAGCUGAUACGUAAACCAAAAUUGUUUUUCAUCUCAACUUGUCGCGGUGUUCAACCAGACCUGGGAUCCUAUCGCCUUUCUACUAACACUGAGAAGGAUGGAAUGAUUGAUCCGAAGAAACCGUUACCGACUAAUAUUGCUACAUACUGCGACAUGCUCGUUUGCUAUGCUACUGUGCCAGGUUUUGCAGCACAUCGUGACACCAACACUGGAUCUUGGUUUGUUGAGAGCAUGUGCAAAGUUUGGGCUGAACAUGCACAUGACACUGACGUGGAGAAUAUGAUGAAGCUAGUGGGUGCUUACGCUUCCACUUACCGCACAGAAACAGCAGCGCUGCAAACCAUCUGUACCGAACAAAGAGGGUUUUUCAAACUUCUCUAUCUGAAUCCAGGAUAUUACGAACAUCCUGCGACGUUGUUAGAAAGCAACUCGAAAACAACAGCAGGAGAUUCCGAAAAUGUCUAAAUCUCAAAACUAUUCUCCAUUAAAUUAUAAUUCAACAAUAUUACAUUUCAAAAAGGUGGAGGUUUUGGGGCACAACAUUUUGUAUCGAUUUCAGUAGGACGAUAUGGAUCGUCAAACUCGGCGUCCACACUAUAAUUGUAUAAAAAUUUAACACAGAAUAAACCAUUUUAAGCAUAUAAAACAUUGCAU